AUGACCUCUCCUCCGACCUCUCCUCAUUAUGCCUACUAUGCCACGCAGUUCGCCAGUCCCUACGCAUCCCCGCGCGGCCCGUCGAAGCGUCACAACCGCAAAGCCAGCUACGCCGGUCCCAAAGACACGGGAGGGUGGCAUCCGGGAUAUGGUCCAGGUUUCUACGAGGCGAUGCCCGAAUAUGGCACUCCGCCACGCAAGCACGAGCCUGUAAGUGCUUCUUUUGGUGGCUAUCAUCGUCGUCGUAGCACCAUGUCCGGUGCCCCGGCAGAUCCCUGGGACAACGCUGGCCCUUCCCCGUCCCCGUCGCCCUCGUCGCGAAGGAAAUCCGUCUACGUGGAUGUGGUUGACGAUGUAGUCGAGGAUGCGCCGCGAUACGUUUUCCGCGAGGAACCCACCAGCAAACCUCGACGAUACCCGUCUACGCCUCAGCGCAAGCCAAAGCCACCCACUGAUCAAUAUUUUUACUACACCCAGGUCCCUCCUUCCUAUGAUGAUGCCGAUUCUCCCAAGCGGUCUCGUGCGCGCCGUCAGUCUACUUCCACGCGGACCCCACCCAAGCCCAAGCCCGCCCCGCCGUCCAGCAAGCCCACCCCCAAGGCGACCGAAGAAGACGCCGCUCGAGCCGGCAUCCCCCCGGGCUAUUCGAUCAAGAACUGGGACCCCACCGAGAUGCCGAUCGUCCUUCUGGGAAGUGUCUUCGACGCCAGCUCGCUCGGCAAGUGGAUUUACGACUGGACGGUUUUUCACCAUGGCGCUUCUACUCCGAUGGCUGACGUGGCGGGUGACCUGUGGCUGUUGCUGAUCAAGCUGGCGGGCAAGGUGAAGCGGGCCGAUGAGUGUGUGGAUCGCAUUCGUCGCCCGGAAGCGCAGGAAGUCGUGGAGGACUUCCUGGAGAGUGGUGAGCGGCUUUGGAGUCGCUUUAAGAAGUUACUGAGAACCUGUGAACAGUUUAUGUGGAAAGCAGCCAAGCGUGAAGGCGGCAAGGGCUCUGUGUCGAUGGGCCGCAACGCCGGAUGUGAAUUUGUCGAAUCGAUUUUCGGACGCGACCGCGAACUGGAAAACACGGAGAAGUUGAUGAACAGCAUCCGUCUAUGGAACAUGCGCUUUGACGCCAACUGCGAGGACAUACUCCGACGACCGACCGCGAUAUAG